GUGCAGAGCUUCGUUCUUAAUGGCCACCGCUACGAGGGAUGCACGACCUUUGAUCCGAACCCGAAAGCGCCCUCCUCCCAUGUGGUGGACGAGUGGUGCUCCCAUGUCACGCACUUCGUCUGGGGCAGCAAUGGCUGGAGCUACUGCUUGAAG